ACAGUCUUUACCACGAUUGGAUCGGUUUUUGUCUAAUUAGUAACUGAGAUUUCGAAGAAAAUAAAAAUGGGAGAUACUAGUCCAAGAACAUCAGUCUCAACAGAUGGAGACACUGAUCAUAAUAACCUAAUGUUCGAUGAAGGGCAUUUGGGUAUCGGUGCUUCUGAUUCUAGCGAUCGUUCAAAGAGUAAAAUGGAUCAAAAGACGCUUCGUAGGCUUGCUCAAAACCGUGAGGCUGCAAGGAAAAGCAGAUUGAGGAAGAAAGCAUAUGUUCAGCAGCUAGAGAACAGCAGAUUGAAGUUAACACAACUUGAGCAGGAGCUGCAAAGAGCAAGGCAACAGGGUGUCUUUAUCUCAAGCUCUGGAGACCAAGCCCAUUCUACCACUGGAGAUGGGGCAAUGGCAUUUGAUGCAGAAUACAGACGAUGGCAGGAAGAUAAAAACAGACAGAUGAAGGAGCUGAGUUCUGCUUUAGAUUCUCACGCGACUGAUUCUGAGCUUCGGAGAAUUGUAGAUGGAGUAAUAGCUCACUAUGAGGAGCUUUACAGGAUAAAAGGCAACGCAGCUAAGAAUGAUGUCUUCCAUUUAUUAUCAGGAAUGUGGAAAACACCAGCUGAGAGAUGUUUCUUGUGGCUCGGUGGUUUCCGUUCGUCAGAACUUCUCAAGCUUAUAGCGAAUCAGUUGGAGCCGUUGACAGAACAACAAUCACUAGACAUAAAUAACUUGCAACAGUCUUCUCAACAAGCAGAAGAUGCUUUGUCUCAAGGGAUGGACAACUUACAGCAAUCACUUGCUGAUACUUUAUCGAGCGGGACUCUCGGUUCAAGUUCAUCAGGGAAUGUAGCUAGCUACAUGGGUCAGAUGGCCAUGGCUAUGGGGAAGUUAGGUACCCUUGAAGGAUUUAUCCGCCAGGCUGAUAACUUAAGGCUACAAACAUAUCAACAAAUGGUAAGAAUGUUAACAACCCGACAAUCGGCUCGUGCUCUCCUAGCAGUACACAAUUAUUCAUUGCGGUUACGCGCUCUUAGCUCUCUAUGGCUUGCCAGACCAAGAGAGUGAACCAACUAUAUACCAUGAUUCUCCUUCAAAGAAGGUCCAGAAAAAUUUGAGAUUCUUAGCCUAAGAUUUGACGACUUUAGACAUGUAGCUCGUAUACAAGAAUAUGAUUAUACUGUUUUGUGUUGUAAUGUUUGUUUGUAAUGUAUCUUGAAACCAUCAUAG